AUGACAUUCUCCAGUCCCCAGUUACGAGGGAAAGAAAUGAUCUUAGGAAUCUUUAAGGAUCUUCGCUCAAUCAUCGUGACGUCAGCAGAUAAGAUAGAGUUUUCGGGAGACGUUCAGAAUGUCAACGUGCAGGGUGGGUGUGGCACUGGUGAACUGUGUGAGUGUGGCACUGGUGAACUGUGUGGGUGUGGCACUGGUGAACUGUGUGGGUGUGGCAUUGAUGAGCUGUGUGGGUGUGGCACUGGUGAACUGUGUGAGUGUGGCACUGGUGAACUGUGUGAGUGUGGCACUGGUGAACAGGGCGACCGACAAGCAAUUCGUCAGUAUAAAGGUGGCCGUGUUGGGAAGACCUGCCGCUGCUGUCACAUAGUUGUCCCGAGUUCGAUUCCUCAACUGCCUCGUCCCACUCCGUGUGACAUAUUGACAAUGGGCAAGACUGCGUUAACGGAAGUGGAUGUGCCUGGCUUAAUGACCACAGAAGAUGAGUUGCCUCUGCCCUACACAUUCAACCUUUGGGUACAAGUGAAAUCAAGUGAAUCAGCUGACGACAGGAGCGACUUAUGGUACUGGGGGAAGAACUACAGCAAAGAUAUAACCAGUGCGAGAAGACUAUUGGAUUUUGUAGUUUACUGUAUCGAGCGUUGCAUUACAGUGGAGUCGGAUGUUGUGUUCACACGCUCUAUUGUUAAGGCAGCCCGAGGCACCAGGUGUUCCCAGCCGGUGGUCGCUAGAUUCUACUGGGACCUGUGCAUGUUGUUCCUGCUGGUAGCCAACCUCAUCAUCCUGCCGGUGGCCAUCUCCUUCUUCAAUGACGACCUCUCCACUCGCUGGAUCGCCUUCAACUGCCUCUCUGACACAAUAUUUCUCAUAGACAUUGUCGUCAAUUUUAGAACGGGUAUAAUGCAGCAAGACAACUCCGAGCAGGUGAUCCUCGACCCCAAGUUGAUCGCCAAGCACUACCUAAAGACGUGGUUCUUCCUCGACCUCAUCUCCUCGGUGCCCCUCGACUACAUCUUUCUCAUAUUCAACCAGUAUCGCGACAAAGAGGAUUUUAGUGAAAGUUUCCAGAUCCUACAUGCGGGUCGGGCGCUACGGAUCCUACGGCUCGCAAAACUACUCUCCUUGGUUCGCCUCCUCCGCCUCUCCCGGCUCGUCCGAUACGUGUCGCAAUGGGAGGAGGUCUAUAUACUUACGAACCACCGCAAAAAGCACAGUGAGAGACGGAGUCCGGCUGGUGGCUCAGAUGCCCUGAACAGACGUAAAAGGAAGCCGUACAAUGUUUACAAUAUUCCAUUUUUUAAGUUCCUCAACAUGGCGUCCGUCUUCAUGCGCAUCUUUAAUCUCAUCUCCAUGAUGCUCCUGAUCGGCCACUGGUCAGGGUGUCUACAGUUCCUCGUCCCAAUGCUUCAGGGUUUCCCUUCCAAUUCUUGGGUGGCAAUCAACGAGCUUCAGAAUUCCUAUUGGUUAGAGCAGUACUCGUGGGCGUUCUUCAAGGCCAUGUCACACAUGCUGUGUAUCGGGUACGGCCGCUUCCCUCCCCAGAACCUAACGGACCUGUGGCUCACCAUGAUCUCCAUGAUUUCCGGCGCCACAUGCUAUGCUCUCUUUAUCGGCCACGCCACCAACCUCAUCCAAUCGCUGGACUCAUCCCGCCGGCAGUACCGUGAGCGGUUGAAGCAGGUGGAGGAGUACAUGGCAUACCGGAAGCUGCCGCGGGAGCUCCGGACGAGAAUCACCGAGUACUUCGAGCACCGCUACCAGGGCAAGUUCUUCGACGAAGAGAUGAUCCUGGGAGAACUCUCGGAAAAACUCCGCGAGGACGUUAUCAAUUUCAACUGCCGAUCUUUGGUGGCGUCCGUACCCUUUUUUGCCAAUGCUGACCCUGGCUUCGUCUCAGAGGUCGUCACAAAACUUAAAUACGAGGUCUUCUUGCCAGGUGACAUUAUCAUCAAGGAAGGUACCAUUGGGAACAAGAUGUACUUCAUUCAAGAGGGUAUCGUCGAUAUCGUCAUGUCCAAUGGGGAGGUGGCAACGUCUCUCAGUGACGGCUCGUAUUUCGGCGAGAUCUGUUUACUUACCAACGCACGACGAACAGCAUCAGUGCGAGCUGAGACUUACUGUAACCUCUUCAGCCUCAGUGUGGAACAUUUCAACACUGUCCUCGAUUCCUAUCCGCUCAUGCGACGGACUAUGGAAAGUGUGGCAGCUGAGAGGUUAAAUAAGAUAGGCAAGAAUCCAUCAAUUGUCAGCAACCGGGAGGACCUGACGAACGACUGCAAGACAGUGAACGCCAUUGUCAACGCGUUAGCCUCAGUCGCGUCGACUGAGCAGUGUGAUGGAGGCACCAGUUCAGAGGAGUCAAUGAUGGGUCACGAUGCCUCCAGCCUUAAAGGUCGCCACCAUCACAACCUGCUUGACCUCGGCUCCAUAGGAAAAGCUCUUGCCAAAGGUCAUUUACCUAGACCGAAGAGUGAGAACAACUUCGCUCUGUCACUAGAUACGCCCUCUCCCCUAAAUCGCAACCGCCCUUCAUUUCACAAGUCCGACACUUUCCAUAAAGACACUUCGUUUCAAUAGCAUGUGGCCCCCGCCCAUGCACUUAUGCUAGUGGGCGCCACGGCUGAUCUAUUUUGUACUAUCAUGAAACACGGGGAGAGAGCGAGUGACCUGCACCAACAGCGUGUGAAUAAGACAAACUUCCAGGGACACAGUGAACAAUCUUUGUGAUCUGUAAUUAUAGUGAAUAUUGUAGGUAAGAAGUUGCUAGUGUAUUUAUUAGGUGCUCAAAACAAUGAGAACCUCUGCUGAUGAGUAGUUUGUUGGUAUUCCCCCUCAGUGCAUAACGAGGACGCACAUUGAUAACAACCACGACAAGCUUCUGCCACACCUGAACUAACAAUAAAAAAGGUACUAUUGUUGUGUUGUUAUUGCUUCAAAUGAUUAUCUGUUAUUAAGAGAAGGUGCCAAAAUCCAAGGAGAUCUGGCAAUUUUGAGUGGCGGUCAAGUCUGUGUUCCUGACAAACAUCUUUAAAAAAAAAGGAGAAAAGCAAUAAUAUAAUCAAAGCGCAUUCUUGUUGAGUGAAGUCAAGGCAUGACAUGGGUACAACAUAUCUACACGGGGUGAUACAUGUGUUAUUACUACGUUAAUGUUUUGUAAAGUUUUACAUUAUAUGAAUAACAAAUUUGGAACGUGUUUACCUCUGGCAUUAUAGCCGAGGCGUAUAUUUGUUGUAAAAUGGAGUUUUUAUAUAAGAGUGUUUUAUCAAAUCUAGCCAUAAGGUCCCAGCAGCCUAGCUGUGUGGUGCCCAUGUAUGCUGUAUGGAGCUCUUAUACGCAGUAUAGAGCUCUGUGUUGAGCUCAUUCAUGUUGUUAGGAGCUCAUAAACUAAUAAUGAGGUCUUUUAUGCUUUACAGAGCUCAUAAACCUAUAAUGAGCUCAUUAUGCUGUAUAGGGCUUAUGUAAGCUGUAUAAAGCUCCUGUAUGCGUUAGAGCUCAUAUAGGUUGCAUAAGACUCAUGUAUACUGUAUGACACUCAUACACAGUAUAAAGCUCAUGUAUCCUAUACUGAGCUCUUGUAUGGUGUAUAGGCCUCAUGUAUACUGUAUGUAUAAAGGAUUUGUAUGCCAUAUAGAGCUCAGCGUUUAAUGCAAAUGGACAUACUGUAUAUGCCUUGAUAAAUGUGGAGGAUUAGGGCGGUCAGGAACAGUAGACGGUUGGACGCUGGAGUAAGCUGCUUCUUGUCAUGGGGGUCUUGUUCACCCCUACUGUGAUUGAUGCAACAGUUCAUCUCACCACCUUACCGCUAACACCACUGAUAUCCUUUUUGUCACUUGUACAACACUCAUACUGUACACACAGAGAGAGAGAGAAUAAACAAAAAUAAACUACCAAUAUUCCUAACCCCCUCAAUAUAUAAUAAAGUUGAAAUAUAGUUUUUAAUGUUAUAGAGAUAUUUUCAAAAUCCCUUAUGUUUUCCUACCACUUAUUCUUUGUAUUUCUAACGACUAUUGUACAUACAAAAAUUUUCUACUGUGUAUAUAAAUACAUAAUGGCAGAGUACUCUUGCAUCAGGGAUUGUUAGAAAAUAUUGGUAACAUAACACUUCUUCUGUAAAGUUGUACAACCUAGUUGUUCAGUGGUGCAGGCGAUCUCAUCCCUCAUUGUACCAGACACAUCUUCAGUGACUCAUGCCCAUCAUCUCAUAGUCAUGCCAAGUCAGAGUUUAUUUUCGCUCGUCAGUGAGGAUAGUAAAAAUAUGCAAUAAUUAAUGUCCACAUGUAGAACCAUAAGCUCAACUAGGGGCCCUAGGACAGUAGUGCUAAUUUUGACAUUGCUUUCUAGCUUUAGACCAAAGCUCACAUCUUGCAGCCACACCAAGAAAACAGCAAGCAAGCAAGCACUCAAGAAGUUGUGCUAAAACCCCAUAGACUCAUUGUGAAAGUGCUUCUUGUAGGUUAACUCAUUGAAAUUAUGUUUUAUGUGUGAGUGAAUGUAAUAGUGACUAGCCAGUGCGACACCAACAUCUCUUUUUGUCUGCAGCAAAAACCCAAACAUUCAACAAGUAGGACCAAGAAAGCAAUGUGAAAAUCUUCCUUUUGUUUUCCUCUCACUUGCCAGUGUAGUGAUUCACGUAGUCAAAGUGCCUCAAGUACUAAUGCUGUAGAGUUUAAUCUUCUGCAACAACUGAGCAUCCUCUCCUCAGCCUCUCAUCAGUCAUGCUACUGGCAGAUUAGGUCAGAGUUUCCAUGGCAACCAUCUUGUUUAUGAAACUUUUUUCUUGAUAACUUUGUACUCAGAGACACGAUUUUCUUCUUUCUAUUAAUGCUCUUGGGUUGAAGUAACAUAUAAACAGGGCGGGUACAAGUCUUCAGUCAUUCGUUGGUUUGUCAUGGAUAUUCUGCCUAAAUAGAUAUUGCACAUUGUUUUAGGUGAAAAUGAUAAACUAUUGAAAGCCAUAAAAUUGUUAAAUACAUGCUCCUUUUCUUUGUUAGAUAAGCAUGUAAGGGAUACUUAUUUUAAAAUGUUAGAUAUUUCACACAAAAGUGUUGGUUAAAGUUUAGGCCAUGCUAAGCUGUCCUUCCAUUUUUUUAUGAUAUUCAUAUAACUGUCUUGACAGGUAUUGUUUCAGCUCCCUAAAAGCAGUAAUAAGCUUACUACUAACAUAAUAGACUUGCAUAAUGUACAACUGCAUAAGAUAAUUAUUAUAGGAUAUUAUAUUUGCAGGAGAAGAUUUUCCUUUAAUUUUUCACGAAUAUAUAUAUAUAUAUAUAUAUAUAUAUAUAUAUAUAUAUAUAUAUAUAUAUAUAUAUAUAUAUAUAUAUAUAUAUAUAUAUAUAUAUAUAUAUAUAUAUAUAUACAGUAUAUAUAUAUAUACAGUAUAUAUAUAUACCAUAUCUGUUCUGGGGAAGCACUAAGUUAAGGGCAAGUUGAUCAACUUAACCAAGUCUUCACAAGACACUCUGUACCAUUUAGCAUUAUGUUGUUUUCUUCAUUCUGUAACAAAAUCCAGUUGUAAGUGAAGUAUAUUACAUUACAGCAAAUCUCUCAAUCUAAAACCCAACAACUGCUGCCUAACACUGUUAUGUCGAUUAUUUAAAUAAAUUAUAAUCCACCAGCAGGACAAUUAGUUGCACGAGAAGGCCUUGUCUUUAACUUAAGUGUGCUCAUUUAUACUGUUAUUUCUCCUCCGACUUUAUUAAGAGUUUUUUUUUAAUCAGGAGCCGGACGAGAAUGAUGUACAUAAUAAAAAAAGAGAAUAAUUUAGUUUGUGAAUCCCUCUUGUAAAACUAAAUGAACACUAGAGCUAUCUUUGUUCAACCAAACACUUUGCCUUCAUUGUUGUAAAUUAUCUUGGAAUAAGAGAGGGCCUAAUACUGUCGGUUUGAUGGAUAAUAAUUUCCAUUUUACAUCCUCUGAUAAUUGAACAAGGUAAUUUAUGUCUUUUCUAUGAUUAUAUUUUUUUCAAUAUUACCUUAUGUGCUAGCAUAUUGCUAGCUUAUGUAAAUAAUUUACAUUAUGCAGAGGUUAUUAGUUA